AUGGCCUCUGCCGUCACUAAGCCGUCUACCGCUCGCAAAGAGACGAUCCUAUCGCGACGAUACAUUGAAGGCCAGAUUGCGGAGGGCAAGCAUAUAAUCAUCUACGAUGACCGCGUGCUAAAAGUGGAUUCGUGGCUUCCUUUUCACCCUGGAGGUGAGAAGACCAUCAAGCAUAUGGUCGGAAGGGAUGCCACGGAUGAGAUGAAUGUACUACACGGGGAAGAUACGCGCCGGCAGAUGUUGAAAUAUCAAGUCGGUCGCAUCAUCGGACCGUGGAUGAACUUCCUUCCCCCGAUCCAUGGCGGAAAGUUCCGUCCCUAUGUUGAGGAGUCGUGUUCGACAGACGAAGAGAGCUCCGGCCUGGAAACGUCAAUGCCUCCCUCCCCGAUCUUCGAUGCAGUCGAUGGAAAGGCACGCCGCCGGAAUACUUCCGCCACGACGAAUUCCUCGGUCUCGACCCCUCCGAAUGAAGAAACCGAAUCGAAGCCCUUCUUCCUAGACGCACGAACCCGCGAGGAGAUCAUAUUCGACACUGCCAAAUAUCCCUCUCUCGACCGGGAAAAUCAGGAUUCGAUCAGACAGAAGUAUCGGGAGUUAAACGAGAGGAUGCACGCGGAAGGCCUAUUCCAAUGCAACUAUUUCUCGUACUUCGUCGAAUGCUGUCGCUACACGCUUUUCGCAACCCUGGCCUAUGUCCUUUUGCGCUGGGAAUGGUACGCAAGCUCGGCAUUCUUCCUAGGGUGUCUUUGGCACCAGCUGGUCUUUACCGCUCAUGAUGCUGGUCAUAUGGGCAUCACCCACAACUUCCACGUGGAUACGACGAUUGGGAUGAUCAUCGCCGACUGGAUUGGAGGCCUCAGCUUGGGGUGGUGGAAGCGCAGUCACAACGUCCACCACAUUGUGACGAACGAACCAGAGCAUGAUCCUGACAUCGAGCACAUGCCUUUCUUCGCGGUAUCGCACCGUUUCUUCGACAGCCUUCGCAGCACUUAUUAUGAUCGAGUCAUGAAGUUUGAUGCCGUGUCCAAGGUGAUGCUGAAAUAUCAGAACUACCUCUACUACCCCAUUCUGAUGCUUGCUCGGUUCAACCUCUACCGUCUGAGCUGGGAGUAUCUGCUCACCGGCCAGGCUCCCAAGAGGGGCCCUGCUUGGUGGCACCGCUGGUUCGAGUUUGCCGGUCAGAUCUUCUUUUGGUAUUGGUUUGGCUAUGGUGUCCUCUACUGCACUCUCCCCAACUGGAGCACCCGCCUGACCUACCUCAUGGUUUCCCAUAUCGUCACAUCUCCACUUCACCUGCAGAUCACGCUAUCCCAUUUCGCCAUGUCUACGGCCGACAUGGGUGUCAGUGAAUCCUUCCCGCAGAAGAUGCUGCGCACCACCAUGGAUGUUGACUGCCCAACUUGGCUCGACUUCUUCCACGGUGGUCUGCAGUUCCAGGCGAUCCACCACCUCUACCCUCGUAUGCCCCGCCACAACCUGCGUCGUGCGCAGAAACUGGUGCUGGAGUUCUGCAAAGACACGGGCAUCCCCUACGCCAUCUUCACCUUCUAUGACGGCAACAAGGAAGUUCUAGGCAAACUUGGCGACGUCGCGAAGCAGCUCCGUCUUCUUGAAGAAUGUCGUAAGACAUGCGCCGACCAGGGCACCCUCUUGGACCACCACUAG